AUGCCUGCGAACAAUGAGGGGGGGCCCGUGACGGGGCAUCAGGAGGCAGACAUAAGAAGCCACGCAGAAAAUGGUGAUAGUGCGAGCUCUCACAACGCCAGUAACAACGGCAACAGCAGCAACGGUGCUGAGGACCCAGAAGUCUUGCAAGGCAACGGCCGACGCGGAUUCAGCACCUGUGCGAGCGAACCUCAGCUGUGGCGUUCUGUGAGCAGGCAAGGACAGCAGCAGGAGGAGGAAGAUGACAAGCAGCAGCAGACGGAGCUUGACUCUGAGACAAAGCCGCGCCUGCGGCGGCGAAGCAGCAGCUGUCACUCUACCCGCCAGGAGGCAACAAGCGCGAAUGUUGUGUUGAGGGAGGCUUGUUCAAGCGAUGCUCCUCUAGUGCGGGACUUGAUGAAGUCUCACUUACGGUCGUUGAUUCUUCCCGCUGUGUUCUAUUGGCUAUGUCGGCACGCGCAGGAUUUUGGAAGUUUCUUGAUUAUUUGCUGCUGUUUUGUGCCCCUGGACAGAAUGUUGAUGAGUCUCUCCUGCUUUCUGUUGUUGCUUCUCGCUCGUGUCGUUCUCGAAUUGGAACAGUAUGCCUCAAGGGGCUGCCCAGAUCUCGCAGAUUUCGAUCGUCACUAUCUGCAGGCGGAGCGCAACAGAUUCUGGGUGGCAGAGAAGAAACAACCAACUGGCAGUCGAGUCGUUGGCUGCAUUGGCCUUAUCAUUCACCCGUCCAGUCCGCAGGAGGGACAGCUGGUAAGGCAGAUUCACAGGCCACAGGGUAUAAUCACUAACCAUGAUUUGCAGACGGAUGCGAGUAGCGUGGUGGUGAAGGCACAGACAAGUGGGGCUCCUUAG